AACAGAUUCUGCUGAAACUGCAGCAGCAGGGAGACACACGAAGAGGAAUCUCAAUGCAAGAGGAAAAGGAUUUUAAGAAGACAGAAAGACUCACAACUAACCCAACUGAAGAAUUUUUAAAAGAACAAAUGAAGAAUGUUCAACAGAAAAACGUUUAACAGAAGAACUGAAGAACAUUCAACCGUAAAACUGAGUUUUCACAAACAAGACUGAAUCUGAUUGUUGUUGAAGUUUAACCAGCAGGAACAAUUUGGACAAAUUUCAGAGAACAUCUGGACAACAUUCAGAGAACAUCUGGACAACAUUCAGAGAACAUCUGGACAAAUUUCAGAGAACAUCUGGACAACAUUCAGAGAACAUCUGGACAACAUUCAGAGAACAUCUGGACAAAUUUCAGAGAACAUCUGGACAACAGUCAGAAAACAUCUGGACAACAUUCAGAGCUAGGGAAGGCCAUUAGGUGAUCAAUUCUUCAAUCCAUCAGUUCUUCGGUUGAUCAGUUGAUCAGUUCUUCACAGGAAAAUGGCCGUCAGCUCACCGAGAGACAAGUAUUGGGGCGUCUGGCUGAUCCUCUUCAUGCUUGGUUUAGGAACGCUGCUACCCUGGAACUUCUUCAUGACUGCAACCAUGUACUUCACCAGCCGUCUGAAGGACUCCUCAUUGGUCAGUACUUCAGCCAAUGAGACAGAGGCAGCAGGUGAGCAGCGCAGCCUCCUGGAGGCCAAAUUCAACAACGUGAUGACGCUGUGCGCCAUGCUGCCGCUGCUCAUCUUCACCUGCCUCAACUCCUUCCUGCACUCACUGAUUCCUCAGAGGCUGCGUGUGAUGGGUGGUCUGCUGGUCAUCAUGGUCGUCUUCAUGGUCACCGCCAUUCUCGUCAAAGUUCCCCUGCAGCCGCUGCCCUUCUUUUCCAUCACCAUGGUGAAGAUCGUCAUCAUCAACUCGUUCGGGGCUGUGCUGCAGGGCAGUCUCUUUGGGAUGGCUGGCUUGCUGCCGGCUUCAUACACGACUCCCAUCAUGAGUGGUCAGGGACUCGGUGGAACGUUUGCAGCCUUCGCCAUGAUCUGCGCCAUCGCAAGUGGUUCAGAGCUGCAGGAUGCUGCAUUUGGUUAUUUCAUCACAGCCUGUGCUGUUAUUUUUCUGUCCAUCCUCUCCUACAUCAUGCUUCCUAAACUGGAAUUUUUCCAGUUUUACCAGGAGAGAAACAGUAAACAGAGAUCAGACGAGAAGAACUCUUUAAAUCUGAAGAACAAAGAGGGAAGAGAUGAGCAGAAUGAUCGUCAGAACGUCUCCAUGCUGAAAAUCUUUAAGAAGGUCUGGCUGUUGGCUCUGUCCGUCUGCUUCACCUUCACCAUCACCAUCGGCACAUUUCCCGCCAUCACUGCCGACACCAAAUCCACCAUAGCUGACAGAGGCUCCUGGGACCUGUACUUCAUCCCGGUCAGCUGUUUCCUGCUCUUUAACCUGUGUGACUGGGGGGGGCGGAGCCUGACAGCUGUCCGUAUGUGGCCAGGGAAGGACAGUCUGCUGCUGCCGCUGGCCAUCGCCGCUCGUAUCGUCUUCGUGCCGCUCUUCAUGUUGUGUAACGUCCAGCCCCGCCUCCACCUACCCGUCUUCUUCCACCAUGACGCCUGGUUCAUCGUCUUCAUGGUGCUGUUUGCCUUCAGCAACGGAUACCUGGCCAGUCUGUGCAUGUGCUACGGCCCAAAGAAGGUUCUUCCUCAUGAAGCAGAAACAGCCGGCGCCAUCAUGGCCUUCUUCUUGUCUCUGGGGUUGGCGCUCGGAGCAGCGCUGUCCUUCCUCUUCAGAGCGUUGGUUUAAACAACUCAUUUAUCACUGGUUUAACUGGAACAUAAUGAGUUCAUCACUGGUUUAACUGGAACAUAAUGAGUUCAUCACUGGUUUAACUGGAACAUAAUGAGUUCAUCACUGGUUUAACUGGAACAUAAUGAGUUCAUCACUGGUUUAACUGGAACAUAACCAGGUUAUUACUGGUUCAACUGGAAAUUAACCGGUUUAUUAUUUAUUUAAUGUUCAUUUGUAUAGGGACAAGUAUAUAGCAUGAACUUAUGCCACAUACCGUAGCAUUUAUAGCCUGAGCUCAUUUGUAAUGCUCGUCCCCAGAUGGGCUUUUAAUAUAAAACUGCACAACACUCAACAAUACAUACAGUAUAGAUACAUUUAAGCACAAAGCACAAACCUCAACAGUACAUAUGCAUACAUUACAACACAAAGCUCUACAAUGAAGUACAUACAAAGCAGCACAAAACACAAACAACUAAAGGGCUCCUUACACUUCCCAGCAGACGCUGAUUGUGUUACUAAGCCAGAAACCCUGAGAGGAACCAUCACCUCACUGAGUACCUGAGCAGCGUGGUUAUUCAGGCAUUAAUAGAUGAGUUUAAGGUUGGUGAAUAGUACGGUCUUGACUUGCUCUACGUGAAAAGAGCCCUGAGAUAACUUUUGUUAUGAUUUCGUGCUAUAUAAAUAAAAUUGAAUUGAAAUAAAAUGUUCAAAACAUUACAUAUUUAAUCUCUUAAGAACAUGGCAGUGCUGUGAUCUUAUUGGUUUCCUGUCCAGAAUUUUAAUUGCUCAAUUAUAAAUCAUUAUAAGAGGCCUGAUAGUUGUAUAUGCUGCUUGUAACCAAGAAGUAAAACAAUGACUUAAAUGUGAAAGAUCAUCAAGUGAAUAAAACUAUUUGCAGCAUGAUGAGGUAAACAGUCUCUAAUGAGUCUAAAUGUGCUCGCCAUUUUAACAUUUCCAUUUAACAUUUCCAUAACUGCUGAGACAGCUGGGUACAGAUUGAUUUGUCAGUUAAUGGAAAAUAAUCUGUUUAUUACUGGUUCAACUGGAAAAUUACCUGUUUAUUGCUGGAAAACAAGCUGGUUUCAAUGGAUAAGAGACAUUUUGUCCUGAUGGUGGCUUAAGACUGACUGCACCAACAUGAGACCUCUGACAGGAAGCACAUGCAUGACAUUAACAGAUACAUGUUGUACAUUAACAUAUAAACAUGUUUUUGUUUUGUUUUUGUAACAAUGCAGUCUCCACAAAAAUAAAGAUUCCUGA